CUAGCAUGGGCCGCGAUUGUCGCUGUGCGUUAACAGGCUGCCUCUUUGUGGAAAGAGGAAGUGAUUUUGACCAGUUGACUCUUGGGUAUUCACGCCCGGAGAGAAGAGGGCAGCAGCAGCAGCAGAUCGCGGAGGAGGAUUUGGAGAGCAUGGCGGAGAAGGGCGGGAGGAAGAGCGUGCCGGCGCUCGGCUGGUGGCUAAUGCUGGUCGGCUCCCUCCGCCUCGCCUCCGUGUGGUUCGGCUUCUUCAACAUCUGGGCGCUCCGCGCCGCCGUCUUCUCCCAGACAGAGAUGACUGAAAUACACGGUCGUACUUUUGGGGUCUGGACACUCCUGACCUGCACACUGUGUUUUCUGUGUGCAUUCAACCUAGAAAACAAGCCUCUGUAUAUAGCCACCUUCCUGUCAUUCAUCUAUGCUCUUGGUCACUUUCUCACGGAGUACUUGAUAUAUCAUACCAUGGCUGCAGCAAAUCUUGGCACUGUUGGCUUCUUUGCAGGGACGUCAAUUGUAUGGAUGCUGCUUCAGUGGAAUUCUCAUGGGGAUUCGCGUGGUUCCCAUGCUGUCAAGCAGUCGUGAGUGGCAUAUGCGCACCAGGGGAAGGAUACUCAAGGAGCCUCUCAGAUAUUUUCUGUUUAAUUUUUCCUACAGUUGCAUUGUUUUGGUUCGACAUUUGUUCUCCAUUCAUCUGUGGAAAUCUGAACUUUAUGAGCUGUAACAAACUAACACAUUUUUGAGAGAGAUCAAAAUGAGCGCCGAAAAAAAAAGAGCUAGUUGUAUGUUUUGAACGCA